AUUCCCUGCGCAAUGAAUCUCCACACUUUGUUCUGCUCAUCCAUGAAUUCCUCCUCACGACAGUGUCAAGAGCCUGGACACCAGUCAGGGUCGAGGCCUCACCAGCAUCUUGGGGCCUCACUGGGCACAGACGCGUGAGCGCCCGGCCUGGAGACCUGACUCUGGCAGCCGCUCAGGCCCUCAGGCGGAGAGAUGGAAGCUGGCAGGACGCAGUCGCUACCGCGCGGACCCAGCCCCUGGCCAGCCUUGGCCCCUCGCGCGCCGGGACAGGGCCACAAAUGACUGCACCUGGGCUUCGCCGGCCCAGGCACCACGCGACUCUACGCGCGCCCAAAGCGACCCUCUGCGCAAGCUACCCCGGGGGACGACGUCACCCGUGAGGCCCCGCGGCGCCUCCUCCUAAAGCUCGGCUGGGAAACCGUCUGCUUCCCCAAGACUUAGGGGCUUGUGGCCAUGUUGUUUUAGUUUUCCUGUAGGAUUCACGGGUGGCUGAGGCAAACACGCUUGAAGGCCUGAGACUUUUAAGUCUCUUCCGCACCCUCUCUUCUGUCUCUUCUACCUGGAGGAUGACCGUUUUUUGGGGGGGUUUUGUUCUUGUUGUUGUUUUGAGACGGAGUCUCGCUCUGUCGCCCAGGCUGGAUUGCAGUGGCGCCAUCUCGGCUCACUGCAACCUCCGCCUCCUGGGUUCAAGGGAUUCUCCUGCCUCAGCCUCCCGAGUAGCUGGGAUUACAGGCGCCCACCACCAUGCCCGGCUAAUUUUUGUAUUUUUAGUAGAGACGGGGUUUCGCCACGUUGGUCAGGCUGAUCUCAAACUCCUGACCUCAGGUGAUCCGCCCUCCUCGACCUCCCAAAGUGCUGGGAUGACAGGCGUGAGCCACCGCGCCCGGCCGGGAUGACUGUUAUUAACAAUUCCUGGCGUGGUUUCUGGCACCAGCCCACCUACCACACCCCACCUCGCUUGAGGCUGAAUGGGUAACCCGCCCCAGGCUGGUUUUCUCUGAACCCUAACUCCUGCCGUUAGGCCCCACCCGCUCUAGACCAGGAACUCUAUGUGCCCCGGCCACGCUAGAGCCUGCCCCUAGCCCCCUAGGUCGGGAAGCCUGCGCCCGGUACUGCGCAGACGCAGCGUGUGGGGCCCGGAACUCUUCUGUUCCCCGGAGAAUCAGGGGAGGCGGCGCCGGAAGGGGCGGGUCCGAGCUGAGAUUUGCAGAGGCAGGAGAGCCGGAAGUCCAAGGAACUGUACCUCCAUCAUGACGACUCCGGUUACGUAAAAACAUCCAAACAGAAAAUGCUGGCCAGGCUCAUGCCUGUAAUCCCAGCACUUUGGGAGGCCGAGGCAGGAGGAUCGCUUGUGCCCAGGAGUUGGAGACCAGCCUGGGCAACAUAGCGCUAUGGAGUCUAAUCCAGGCACUUUGGAAGGUUGAGGCUGGAGGAUCGAUUGAGGCCAGGAGUUUGGGACCACCCUGGGCAACAUAGCAAGAUCUCAUUUCUGAAAAAAGAAUUAUCAUCCACUCACCCAGAACAGCUCUCCAAACUUAACAGCCGUGGCAGUCAGGGCUCUGCCUGCAGUGUGACCAUGGACAGCUCUCCAAAGCUUAAACUUCCAUAAAUUGACUCAAGUUUCUUCGGAAAGAACUGUUACAUAAAGAAAGGAUGAUAUCUCUAAAGAGAUGCUAAACAGUUGAAUAUGUUCCUGGACAUAAUCCAUCAAAAAAAAUUUCAGCAACCCAUGAAAUCUGAUGAUGAUUGGAAUGUGUUUGAAAGCAGGAAUAUGCUGAAGGAAAUUGACAAAACUUCAUUUUACAGCAUUUGUAACAAGCCAAGUUAUCAGAAGAUGCCUUUGUUUAUGUCAAAAUCACCAACACAUGUGAAAAAGAGGUUAUUAGAAAAUCAAGGUGGGAAGGGGAAAAACACACUAUCAUCUGAUCUACAGACAAAUGAGGACAUUCUGAAGGAAUAUAACCCUGUACCAAACAAGAAAUAUAAGACAGAUUCCUUGAAAUAUAUACAAAGCAAUAGGAAGAACCCAUCAAGUUUAGAGGAUUUAGAAAAAGAUAGAGAUUUGAAACUCGGGCCUUCAUUCAAUACCAACUGUAAUGGAAAUCCUAACCUAGAUGAGACUGUUCUUGCAACCCAGACUCUCAAUGCCAAAAAUGGUUUGACAUCUCCAUUGGAACCAGAGCACAGCCAGGAUGACCCAAGAUGCAACAAAGCCCAGGUGCCUCUUGACUCUCAUUCACAGCAACUGCAGCAAGGGUUCCCCAAUUUGGGAAACACCUGUUACAUGAAUGCAAUUUUACAAUCGCUAUUUGCAAUUCCAUCUUUUGCUAAUGACUUACUCACUCAAAAUGUCCCAUGGAAAUAUAUUCCUUUCGAGGCUCUUAUUAUGACCUUGACCCAGCUGCUUGCUUUGAAAGAUUUCUGUAGUACAGAGAUCAAGAGACAAUUACUUGGGAAUAUUAAAAAAGUCAUUUCAGCAGUUGCAGAAAUAUUUUCUGGCAACAUGCAGAAUGAUGCUCAUGAGUUUUUAGGUCAGUGUUUAGACCAGCUGAAAGAAGACAUGGAAAAGUUAAAUGCCAUUUUGAAUACUGGGAAAGAAUGUGGGGAUGAAAAUUCAUCUCCACAAAUGCAUGUUGGUAGUGCUGCCACCAAAGUGUUUGUUUGCCCUGUUGUUGCUAAUUUUGAGUUUGAAUUGCAGCUCUCCCUUAUUUGUAAAGCUUGUGGUCAUGUUGUUCUCAAGGUAGAACCUAAUAAUUAUCUCUCCAUCAACCUGCACCAAGAAACAAAACCACUUCCUUUGUCCGUUCAGAAUUCUUUAGAUCUUUUCUUUAGAGAAGAAGAGCUUGAAUAUAACUGUGAGAUGUGUAAGCGGAAGAGUUGCAUUGCAAGGCAUACAUUUAGUAGGCUCUCCAGGGUCCUUAUCAUUCAUCUGAAACGCUAUAGCUUCAACAAUGCUUGGUUGCUGGUGAAGAAUAACGAGCAAGUUUAUAUUCCCAAAUAUUUAAGUUUAUCUUCUUAUUGCAAUGAAAGCACCAAACCACCUCUUCCCUUGAGCAGUAGUGCACCUGUUGGGAAAUGUGAAGUCCUGGAAGUCUCUCAGGAGAUGAUUUCUGAGAUCACCAGCCCAUUGACACCAUCAAUGAAGCUGACCUCAGAAUCCAGUGAUUCCCUGGUUCUACCCAUUGAACCAGACAAGAAUGCCGACCUACAAAGUUUCCAGAGAGACUGUGGAGAAGCAAGCCAAGAGCAGCAUCAGAGAGACCUGGAAAAUGGCUCUGCACUAGAGUCAGAAUUGGUCCACUUUAGAGACAGGGCAAUCGGUGAAAGGGAGCUUCCAGGGGCUGACUCAGUGAUGGACCAGGGAGACAUUUCUCUUCCUGUGAUCUAUGAAGAUGGAGGGAAGCCGAUCAGCAGCCCAGACACAAGGCUUGUCGAGGUUCAUCUUCAAGAGGUGCCUCAACAACCAGAACUUCAGAAGUAUGAGAAAACCAAUACCUUCAUAGAGUUCAAUUUUGACAGUGUCACUGAGUCUACCAAUGGCUUUUAUGAGUGUAAAGAAAACAGGAUUCCAGAAGGAUCUCAAGGAAUGACUGAACAGCUCCAGCAGUGUAUUGAGGAGCGCAUCAUAGAGGAAUUUCUUCAGCAGGCACCACCUCCAGGUGUUAGGAAGCUGGAUGCCCAAGAACAUACAGAGGAGACCCUCAAUCAGUCUACCGAAUUAAGACUUCAAAAGGCUGACCUGAAUCACCUUGGGGCACUGGGUUCUGACAACCUAGGAAACAAAAACAUUUUAGAUACAGAGAACACAAGAGGUGAAGCCAAGGAACUCACAAGAAACGUGAAGAUGGGGGAUCCUCUCCAGGCCUACAGACUCAUCAGUGUUGUCAGCCAUAUUGGGAGCUCCCCAAAUUCAGGCCAUUACAUCAGCGAUGUGUAUGACUUUCAGAAGCAGGCCUGGUUCACAUACAAUGAUCUACGUGUAUCAGAAAUCUCAGAGACCAAAAUGCAGGAGGCGAGGCUUCACUCUGGGUAUAUCUUCUUUUACAUGCACAAUGGGAUUUUUGAGGAGCUGUUAAGAAAAGCAGAGAACUCUCGGCUACUUAGCACACAGGCAGGGGUGAUCCCUCAUGGGGAAUAAGAAGAUGACUCUUUGUACAGACCUGCUUGACAGACUCACUCGGCCUCACUUCAUCCUUGCAAAGAGAAUCCUGUACUUCACUCAGAAUGAAGGAACAAGUAUCUCAGGAUGAAAGCUCAAUGAAAAGCACUUAUUUUGGGGGAAUAUCUAUUUUAACUGCUUCAGACACCUAGAUCCCAGAACUCAGGCGCAUAUGCAUAUUUUCCCUGCAAGAUUAGAAUGGUGCUCUUCACAUUGUGACAGUGGUUUUCAAAAUGUUGUUCUUCAACCAGCAACAGCAGCAGCUAGGGACUGAUUAGAAAUGCAAAUUCUUGGGUCACCCUCCAGACCAACUGAUGCAGAAACAGGAGGUGUGAGCCAGCAAUCAGAUGGAGAUUCUAGUGCUCAUGAAAGUUUGAAGAACACUGGAAAUGUGUGGAGUAUCUUGGUGUAUUUUGCUACUGUUGAUAUGGACUGCUUAUGUUAUAUAAAUGAUUUUCAUUAAA